GCGGAACGAACACCCGGGCGAGGACCUGCGCACGUCACGGAGGCGUCGGCCCGCGCCCGCCGCACGCAUGCGCACUGCGCCCAGCAUGAGGGUCGCGGCUCUGAUCAGUGGUGGGAAGGACAGCUGUUAUAAUAUGAUGCAGUGCAUUGCUGCUGGGCAUCAGAUUGUUGCUUUAGCAAAUCUAAGACCACCUGAAAACCAAGUGGGGUCAGAUGAACUGGAUAGCUACAUGUAUCAGACAGUGGGUCAUCACGCCAUUGAUUUGUAUGCAGAAGCAAUGGCUCUUCCCCUCUAUCGCCGCACCAUAAGAGGAAAGAGCAUGGAUACAGGACGAGUGUACACCAAAUGUGAAGGUGAUGAGGUUGAAGAUCUUUAUGAGCUUUUGAAACUUGUUAAGGAAAAAGAAGAAGUAGAGGGAAUAUCAGUAGGUGCUAUACUCUCUGACUAUCAGCAUGUUCGAGUAGAAAAUGUGUGUAAAAGGCUUAAUCUCCAGCCUUUAGCUUACCUUUGGCAAAGAAACCAGGAAGAUUUGCUCCGAGAGAUGAUAUCAUCUAACGUUCAAGCAAUCAUCAUCAAAGUAGCAGCUCUAGGUUUAGAUCCAGAUAAACAUCUUGGAAAAACCCUGGACCAAAUGGAGCCUUAUCUCUUAGAGCUUUCUAAGAAGUACGGAGUCCAUGUUUGUGGAGAAGGUGGAGAGUAUGAAACGUUCACUUUGGACUGCCCUCUAUUUAAGAAGAAAAUAAUUGUGGAUUCAUCAGAAGUAGUCACACAUUCAGCUGAUGCAUUUGCACCUGUGGCUUACCUACGCUUUUUAGAAUUGCACUUGGAGGACAAGCAUUUGACAUCCUCAGACAGGCUGUUUAUGGGUAACUGCUCAUGUGAGGUGAACUGUAAUGAGGAUAACAUCCUUGCUCUCAAAGAGGAAGAAGACCAAAAUGAAACUCCACCUCUCAUCUGGAAAUCAUUGACUCCCCUUCUACAAAAUAGUCAAAAAUCAAUGAGCUCAGGAAAAUCUCCAAGUGGUUACCAGUGGAUUAACGGCAUCAUAGCCGCCUUUCUCUCAUUCAGUGAAGAAAGUGUUAUAAUUGCAGCAGCUCAAGCCUUUUCUUCUCUACAAGCUACUAUUAAAUCUAAGAGAUUGGAAUUGAAAGAUAUUAUUUUGGUCCAUCUCUAUCUGAAAAACAUGAAAGAUUUCUCAUCUAUUAACUCAGCAUAUGUGACCACCUUCAAGCAUUGCCUGCGUGCAAGAGUAUGUGUAGAAACUAUGUUGCCAGAAGAAGCACUUUUCUCAAUAGAUUGCCUUAUCCACCAGAGUGACAUAAAGAUUGAUGAUGGUCUCUUUCACCCUAAAGAGAUUCUGCAUGUUCAGAAUAUUUCUCACUGGGCACCUGCUAGCAUUGGACCAUAUAGUCUAUCAAGGAAGAACACGAGUGUCAUGGCAAUGCCAAGGACACAGGUAGCAUCCUGGUGGUAGUGGUAGUUCCCCAUCUCCCCAGAGAUGCUGCUAUUGAGUGGCACGUCAUUGCAGCGGGAGAUAAGCCAUCUAGAAGGAAGCAUUUUGCUUUGUAGAAAAUAUCUGAGGAUUUUCAAAUUGAAUGUGAAGCUGUGACUUCCAUUUCUGCUUCCAGUGCAUCUAUCUAUCUCGAUUCCUUUAAGACGGACGUCACCAUCUAUAUCCUCACCUGAUUUAAACAGGACUCUAGAAGACCUGAUGACUGUGUUUGUACAAGCAAGGAGAAGACUCUCCAAAGACAACCAAGGUGCACCAUUGUGUUUAGAAUAUUCUACGAAAAAGACAGCAUUAGAGCCCAUGUACUGCAAGCAGGUACGAGAACUAUCAGAGAGGUGGAAGUACAGACUGCGGAAUCACAUCAUAUAUGCUUGUCACAGAGAGAGUUCGGGAGAGUGAGGGAAAGGAUAACAUAAGUAGUGUGGGAGACAUUUGCUCCCAGUCCAGUUAGUGAGAGUGAGUGUGAGGCGGGAGAUGUGAAUCCACUGCUUCCUUUGUUGAUCUCCACUCUCUUGUGCCUUUUGUGUGAACCUCUCACUGCCCUAUGAAUGAUUCUAGUGUUUAAAGAUAUUUUUCCUGCUAUAUAACCCUCUUUAUUAUAUUCCAAAGCAUAUUGUACACAUUAAACAUUUGCACAUACAUAUCAGAGAAUAGGUUUGUGUACACAGUACCAUGAAUAUACUAUCCUUUAGAGAUGACGCAUGGGAUUUAGACCAACCCCAUGUAAAUCUGACUCCAUGAUACACACACAAAGCGAGCCAGAGUCUCAUCCCCAAAAUCAGGUCUGACUCGAAGAAGAGCCCCACUAUUCAUGUGCCAAAGGCACUUUACUAAUAUGGCUUUGAGUCAUCCUUCUAAGAGACAGAAACAACCAACGUGCACUUGGCAUAUUUCACCAUGUGGCUGGCUAUUAAAACAAGAGGUCUGAACCAAAAGACACACUUCAUUCUCAUUAAGUGAGUCCUGGUCAAGAGUCAGAACUCAUAACCUACCAACUGGUUAAUUUCCAACUUGAAUAGCAGUGGGAAGUUCUCACUCUUCCCAGGCCCAUGGAAGUUUUGGUUUUCGUUGGACUGGUGUAAUGUAAAUAAGACUUAACUGAAUGAUCAAUCCAAAUUUGAUACACUAUUCCUUUAUCAUAUUAGCCUAAAUUGUGUACAAAGUCCCUCAGUGGGUUUUCAAAUGCAGUUGUACCUCAGGCCUUGCUACAGGUGAAUUUGAAUUCAAUAUUUGCAAAUUGAAUUGUGUUUUGAACAUU